AAAUAUAAAUUUAUGGAAAUUUCGUGUCAUGAAAAUCUAUCAAGUUUUGAACCUUUUUUUUCUAAUUUCAGAUUUCAAAUUAUGUUCUUUAUCUCACGAACUCGAGUCAUCAGGCAUCUGCAAAAAGUCAGUAUUAGAAUGGAAAAUAAUUUCACAACAUUAACUGUAAACGCAUCUGCAACCAUCCACACUCCAGAACCAACUCCAACAAUUUCAAAAAUUAAUGUUCCUUCACAAAAAUUGAUUCCAUCCGCCACAGAAAAUAAUUCAUCUGCCUCACAAGAUGAUUACUCCGCCUCUCCUAAUGAAUCCUCGUCAUCUCCUAAAUUCACAUCUCCCACAUCAACAAUGAAUCAGGAGGAAGUGGAUAAAUUUUCCUCCAUGGCGGAAGAUUGGUGGAAUCCUGAUGGAGUUUGUAAACCACUCCAUUCAAUGAAUAGGUUACGGAUUCCGUUUAUCCGAGACAGACUGGUCGGAGAGAUAACCUCCGACAAACCUCUCUCUGGUCUCCAUAUACUAGAUGUAGGCUGUGGUGGAGGGAUCGUCUCUGAGCAACUAGCUCGUCUUGGUGCCCAGGUGACAGGAGUUGACGCCUCCCAAAGUAAUAUUAAUAUUGCAAAGUUGCAUCGAACACGUGACCCUGAUACAGUAGGUAUAGAGUAUAUCUGUUCCACGGUAGAGGAAUUUCAAACUUCAAGUUUGCGUAAGUUUGAUGCUGUUGUUGCAAGCAAAAUAAUAGAACAUGUUAAUAAUCCUCAGCUUUUUAUUCAAUCUAUCUCUCUUCUACUCAAGGUAAUAGAACAUGUUAAUAAUCCUCAGCUUUUUAUUCAAUCUAUCUCUCUUCUACUCAAGGACGAAGGAUCUGUUUUUCUAACUACCCUGAACCGGAGUACUCGGAGCUGGUUGCUGGCUAUACUCGGAGCUGAAUACGUUCUGGGCCUGCUACCCCGGGGCACCCAUGACUGGAACAAGUUUAUUAAACCGGAAGAGCUGGAGGGUUGGCUCGACGCUGCUGGUAUUGGAACCAGGCUGGUCAACGGGAUGGUUUAUGUUCCAGGUUUAAACACUUGGAGUUGGUUUCCGGAUAACAGUGUUAACUAUGCUCUUCAUGGAAAAAAAUAUAUAUAAAUAAACAAUUACGCAAGUAUAAAACAAAUUAUCAAAGAAAUAAUAUUUGGUAUAUUAUAAACUGUUAAUGUUUGCAUCAGUCCAAAAUUUUGUUGUUGAAACAUUCUCUAUUUUACCUAUUUCAGAAA